CCUUUCCGGCUGGAGUCGGGCGUCCGGACGUCGGAUGGCUCUGGACGUGAAGUCUCGGGCCAAGCGUUAUGAGAAGCUGGACUUCCUCGGGGAGGNNNAGUUCGCCACGGUUUACAAGGCCAGAGAUAAGAACACCAACCAGAUCGUCGCCAUCAAGAAGAUCAAACUUGGACAUAGAUCAGAAGCCAAAGAUGGUAUAAAUAGAACAGCCUUAAGAGAGAUAAAAUUAUUACAGGAGCUAAGUCAUCCAAAUAUAAUUGGUCUCCUUGAUGCUUUUGGACAUAAAUCUAACAUUAGCCUUGUCUUUGACUUUAUGGAAACUGAUCUAGAGGUGAUAAUAAAGGAUAAUAGUCUUGUGCUGACACCAUCACACAUCAAAGCCUACAUGUUGAUGACUCUUCAAGGAUUAGAAUAUUUGCAUCAACAUUGGAUCUUACAUAGGGAUUUGAAACCAAACAACUUGUUGCUAGAUGAAAAUGGAGUUCUUAAACUGGCAGAUUUUGGCCUGGCCAAAUCAUUUGGGAGCCCCAACAGAGUUUAUACACAUCAGGUUGUAACCAGGUGGUAUCGAGCCCCUGAGUUACUUUUUGGAGCUAGGAUGUAUGGUGUUGGUGUAGACAUGUGGGCUGUUGGCUGUAUAUUAGCAGAGCUGCUUCUAAGGGUUCCUUUUUUGCCAGGAGAUUCAGACCUCGAUCAGCUGACGAGAAUAUUUGAAACCUUGGGCACACCUACUGAGGAACAGUGGCCUGACAUGUGUAGUCUUCCAGAUUAUGUGACAUUUAAGAGUUUCCCUGGAAUCCCUUUGCAACACAUCUUCAGCGCAGCAGGGGACGACUUAUUGGAUCUCCUACGAGGCUUGUUCUUCUUUAAUCCGUGUACUCGAAUUACGGCCACACAGGCAUUGAAAACUAAGUAUUUCAGCAAUCGGCCAGGACCAACACCUGGAUGUCAGCUGCCAAGACCAAACUGUCCAGUGGAAACCUUAAAGGAACCAUCAAACCCAGCCAUGGCGACAAAACGGAAAAGAACAGAUGCCUUGGAACAAGGAGUAAUGCCCAAGAAGCUAAUUUUUUAGUUACAGAGAACACUGGACAAUAUUUUACUACUGAAGGAAAUAGUCAAAAAAGGCAAAUGGAAAAAUAGUAAACAUUAAGUAAAUGCUCUAGAAGUGAAUUUGUAAAUAUUCUACACAUGUAAGAUAUGUAAAGCUAUGGGUUAUUUUUAUUAAAUGUAUUUUAAAAUAAAAAGUUUAAUUCUUGCUUUUCUGAUCAGACUA